CUCUCACUCUAAUUGCUUCUUACCAUAAUAUUUUCUUUGUCCUAAAAUGUUAAAAUCAAAACAAUUUUUUGACAUUUACUAGUGGUUACAUUUCAUACAAUACCCAUUACCCAUCGAUAUUUAUGUAUAUUUAUUGUUUAGUGCGUUUUAGUUAUUUAUUUCAAACAUGAGUGAUGACAGAAAGAUAUUGAGUGUAAAAUUCAAUCAAGAUCAUGAAUGCUUCACGUGUUCUAUGGAAAGUGGAGUUAGAAUUUAUAAUGUAGAACCUUUGGUAGAAAAAGCACAUUUCGAUAUUGAGACGGUGGGAAGUAUUUCUCAGUGUGAAAUGUUGUUUCGGACAAAUAUUCUAGCUAUGGUCGCUGGAGGAUUGCGUCCAAAAUUUUUUGACAAUGAUCUUAGAAUAUAUGACGAUGUUAAGAAAAAAUUUGUGCUGGAUAUUUACUUCCCUUCAGCAAUAAAAGCUGUACGGAUGACGAAUAACAGAAUUGUAGUUGCUUGUUUAACACAAAUACACGUGUUUUCAUUUCCUACUCCAACAGAACGAUUAUUCACAUUAGAAACAAGAGAAAACUUGAGAGGUUUGUGUGAAAUUACUCCAUUAAUAUCGGGUGAACAACAGAUACUAGUAUUUCCAGGACACAAAAUAGGAAGUGUCCAGUUAGUUGAUUUGUCUUGUAAUGAAAUUGGAGUAUCUAGUGCUCCAGUAUGGAUUCAAGCUCAUAAAAGCGAAAUUGGCUGUUUAGCUCUAAAUCAACAAGGGACUCUAUUAGCAACGGCUUCUCAACAAGGCACCCUCAUAAGAGUAUGGGAUACUAUAUCUAAACAUUUAUUGGUUGAACUUAGACGUGGAUCUGACCCUGCUACAAUUCAAUGUAUAAACUUUAGUAGAGACUCUGAGUAUCUGUGUUGCUCGAGUGAUAAAGGUACAGUGCAUAUAUUUGCUGUCAAGAAAACUACUUUGAAUAGAAGGAUGAGUUUAGCUAGUGGUAUAUUAGGAAAAUAUGGAGAAUCACAAUGGGCUUUGACUAAUUUUACAGUUCCACCAGAAUCUGCAUGUAUCUGUGCAUUUGGUCCUGGUAAUACAAUAUACGCAAUUUGUCUAGAUGGAACUUUUCACAAAUAUAAAUUCACCGAUGAAGGCAAUUGUAGCCGGGAAGCUUUUGAUAUUUUUCUAGAUGUAGGCGACGAUGACGAAGAAGAUUUUAUGUAACGAUUUUUUUUUGUAAAUAGUGUAAAAUAUUGUGGUUAAGAAUAAUAUCAGUGAUAUUAGUUUGCAGGAUAAUUAGCAGUCGAUGGUGCUGUGUAAUACAAAUUAUUUUUAUAAUAAAUGUAAUAAAUUUUAAAUAAAAUAUAAAAUAA